AUGGCAUUUGCUCUUCGCUUGUUGAUCCUCUUUUGUGGGCUCAGUGCACUGUUGACUGGCGUUUUGUGUCAAACCAAGAAAGGCUACUGUCCAAAAGACUGGACAAGAUUGGGCAAUUACUGUUACAUCUACCAACAUGAUGAGAGAACCUUUGCUGAUUCAGAGAGUGUCUGCAACAUUCUUGGUGGGAGUCUGGCCUCCAUCACAAGUCGUCUUCAAAAUGCAAUUAUUCGAGAAGUGAUUCGGGAAGGAGCUGGAUCGUUCGAGGACACCUGGAUUGGAUAUCAUGACACAAUCGCGGAGAAUGCCUUCAUCUGGACUGAUGGCACACCUAAUAAUUUUGAGGCCUUUGCAAGCGGUCAGCCAGACAACUUCAAUUCAAAUGAAGACUGCGUGGAGUUUGAAGACCUUGAUGAAAUGUGGCAUGAUGACAACUGUGAAGACGAGAAUGCAUUUGUUUGCGCCAAACAAAUUCACCUCGUGAAACACUAA